UUCUCCCCACAUGGAAACCACAAGCGAAUAACUCUGGGCAAGAGCGGCAGCGGCAGAGACAGCAACGCUCGGCGCAUCCCUAGCAACUCUGCACCGAUUCCAAACCCAGGCACUCUGAAUCGGUUCCAAACUGGAGAACUCUGAACCGGUUCCAAAACUAGCAACACCAUAUCGGUUCCAGUCAUCGGCGCCAAAUCGGGAGUCUCCGUAUCGCUUCCAGCCCGAGGAAAUUCCACACAAAGAGAACUUUGCCAUUUUUUGCGCAAAAAAGGAGGGAAGAUUGCGUUGGCUUCGAGUUCGGCAGGGACGGGGGCUCGGACCCGGGAGCCGCACACUCGCCGGUUACUUCCCCGCUCCUGUUCACAGACCCAGGUGCCGCUUGAAUGUAUAGUUUGAUGAUGGAGAGUGAGCUGCAGUCUCCGGGGCAUCAGAUCAGUCCAGCGGGUGGCGGGACCACUGUGCCGGCCCAGGGCGCCAACGGCAAACUGAGUGGCGAGCGAGUCAAGCGACCCAUGAACGCCUUCAUGGUGUGGUCCCGGGGACAGCGGCGGAAGAUGGCUCAGGAGAAUCCCAAGAUGCACAACUCGGAGAUCAGCAAACGGCUGGGAGCCGAGUGGAAGUUAAUGUCCGAGGGCGAAAAGCGGCCCUUCAUCGACGAGGCCAAGAGACUCCGGGCGUUGCACAUGAAGGAGCACCCGGAUUACAAGUACCGGCCCCGGCGUAAGACCAAGACUCUGCUCAAGAAGGACAAGUACUCGUUGCCCGCCGCUUUGCUGCCUCAAGGCCCCGGGGCCCUCGGUCCGCCUGUAGCCUUAAAUCAGCGGCUGGACGGGGCGGGAGCUGCGGGCGCUUACGGUCAUAUGAACGGUUGGGCGAAUGGCUCUUACCCCGGAUCGGCGGCAGCAGCGGCGGCCGCGGUCAUGAUGCAGGAGCAACUAUCUUACUCCCAGCACCCGGCGCUGGCAGCGGUCGGGGGAGGGGGAGGCGGGGGCACUGGCGGAGGCGGCGGGGGCGCCGGCGGAGCGGCCGUCCAUCACCACCAUCACCACCCGCAGCAGCUCCACCGCUACGACAUGCCCAUCCAGUAUAGCCCCCUCGCCAGCACGCAGGGCUAUAUGAGUGGCUCCCCCUCCUAUAGUACCCUCUCCUCUGGCUACGGCCACCAGCCCCCUGGUGCCAUCCAGCUGGGCUCAAUGGUCAAAUCGGAGCCGGCUCCCAGCCCCCCGCAUUCUCGCCCACCUUGCUCCGGGGACCUGAGGGAGAUGAUCAGCAUGUACUUACCGGCAGGCGGAGAAGCGGGCGACCCAUCUCCCAACAGACUGCUGCCGCUUUCUCAGCACUAUCAGAGCCCGGCCACGGGCGUGAAUGGGACCAUCCCACUAACUCAUAUGUGAAUAUUGGGCCUGGAGAACGAACUCACUCAAAGCUGCUCUUGGUGUUCUUGUUUAAAAAAGAAGAGUGAACUGCGGACAUUUGUUGGCUCUAACUUUAGUGCACAUACCUUUUAAACAGAAUCUAAAUGUUUUAUUACCAAGGCUUUGUACAGUAUUUAUCAUUUCGGGCAAUUGGGAGGAUUACUAACUAUGUUUAAUUGCCGACUGUUGGAAUUUUCCCAGAUUGCGCUCUUGCGCUGCCUACAUAUACUCCAGAAUUGCUCGAAACUGAGUAAUGUGAAAAUCAACAGCACCCCCACUCUCCCCCCCCCACCCCACCACCCACAUCUCACACACCACGGACAUUCUUACCACGGACCAGUCUUUCAACUUAAUUUAUAGGAGAUUACAGUCGCUUUUAGUUGCAGGUUUGUGACCCAUGUCAGUUUCUGUAUUCGAAACUAGCUCCGAUUUCUUUGCAUUGUAAUAUUUACUUUAAAUCACGGAGAUAAUUAUAUUCUAAAAUAUGCCAGUGGAUUCCAACAGCCAAUGUAAAUAGAUCACUAAAGACCUUUCUGCACACGCUGACGUUUGUGCUGGGCAAAAUAACUCCGCUGAAAUAAUAAAUUUUACAAUAAACCGUUGUAUAUAAUUUGUAUUUCUACUUUUCCUGGUUCCGUUUUGAAAUGUGCUUUUGAACAAUACCUCUUUACGCAUAAAACUGCUUUAAAAACUGGCUGCAGUGUUCCAUUUUGUUUAAUUCCCUCAGUCGUUACCGAAAAUACCUCCCGUCCUGUGCUCGGAUAGUUUGCAUUCUAAUCCCGGAAUAAUUAAACUAAAACACCAGGACUCGUGGAAAUAGUCCAUUAAAUCCGAAACCGGCAAUGCUUGGUUGCAGCUCGCCUGCUUCCGCCGAAUGCAUCUUAGUGGCUGUGAAUCAACCGCGUGGUUAAUUGGGGCUAAUAUCUCCCAAAUCAGUCCAGUUGAUUUUCCUUCUUUCCAGGAACAAUACCGUAUGUUGUGUUUUAAGUUGUGACAAUUUAAUUAUUUAAAUGUUAUAGCAUUUUUAAAAAUUAAAUGUCGCCGUUUCUAAGGGAAAGGAUCAUUUGACCUGUGUGAACUGUGCCUCCAUUUCGGCUGUUCUCUUGGGAUGGUUUAGCUGGGGAGAAACCUGGGUUACUCGAAGCAAGGACCUGAGGUGGUUAAAACUUACAGAUAUUUCACUCAGGACACCAAUAAAUACUUUUCAGAGAGCGCAAAUCUCUCUCUAAAUACAUAAAUAAAUAAAAAGGAGGAGGGGGAGAGAGAAUACAGUCUGAACAAGUGAGCAAUAUUUUAUUUUCUCCCCCAAAAAUGAAAGGGCCACUGACGUUGGCACUGUUGGUCAGAAUUUCUCAAUCAGAGCUCAUGUCGCAAAUGCUCAUGCUAUUCCUUCAGAUGAUCGCCACUCUGAAUGUUGGCUAGCUGACGGGUUACAACGUUACGCCGCAUUUCAUUAAAUGCAAUGUUGAUUUAAUGAGACAAAUAUUUUACUCUCAGUUUAUCAACAUAAAAACUAAUAACCCGCCACUUUCUUCACAAUGCUGGUUAAUAGGCGAUUGAAUUCGAGUCUAAAUAUUGUAUUCAUCUAUUUCAGAUUUGAUUUGUACAAUAUCCCAGGUAAAUAUCUGAAUGACACAAGUAGAGAAAAUCAACCAAAUGUUCCCGUGAAGAAGUUAUUUGAUUCGGUCAGAAUUCAAUCGGAAAUUUUGUUACAGCGUUUUAUUAAGCCAUGCCUAACUUAAAGGGCCAUUGAACUAGUUUUAUGGAAGAUAAACCAAAAUCUAUUUAAAAUAUGAUGCUUACGAAAUUCACCGGAGUGUCCCAUUUCCUAUUCCCGCCACUGUCUUACAUCCUUAGCGGUCGCAAUAAACGAGCCACUGCAUUAAGAUGAGGGUUAAUUUUCGCCGCACUUCACGCUUUACCAGAAAGCACAACAGGAGCGGCCACAGUCUCGGCGAAGCAAUGGGCAGAACUGUUUAAUACUUCUGCCUUUCUGCUUCAGAUAUAUAUCUUAACGAACGAUCUCUAAAAAUGAUGGCAACGAAAUUCAUUAGGGAUACUCGAUGCUCAAAUUGUAUCCAUGCAAAGGGGGGGGGGGACUUCAUUAGAUGGGCGACUUGUAAAUGUUUCUGGUUCCAGAAUUACAACAUCAUCUGUGCGAUUACUAUUGUGCGUUUUUUUAAAAAAAACUUUUAUCUUCACAGAUUAUAGACAUUCAAAUUAACUAAAUGUAGGAUGCACAUUAAAUACAAUUUCUGCUCAGAAUCGCAUGUCUGGGUAGAAGUGGCUUUUGUCCGCUGGUAGCUUGAAUUUGAAUGUUCAUUUGUCACGGUAUUUAAUAAAUUGCGGUAUUAGGGUUUCUCUGAAUACCUAGGUCUCCUCAAACGUCAUUUCUGUCAUUUACCCCCUUUUUUGCAUUUACGAACUUUGAAAUGUCACAUAUGUCUUCUUUCUUGAUUUGUUAUUUUAUAUCAAAGUUUAAUAAAUGUUUUCAAAUAUUAUGAGCAGGAAGCAUUCAGACGUGAUGCGUUUCCCCUCCAGAUUUGGUCCUAAAUGUUUGUCGAGGGAUGUUGGGGGUCACAGAAUGUGGGAUGGUAGCAGAACCGUUUCUGUGGAAUUUGAUUAUUUAUCUUUAUUAACCCUUUGCUAAG